AGGGCUUCUUUUAAAGGUUUCGUCUAGUAACAUCAGCCAGCUACCAAGAUGGAUGCCUCGGGCUCUGCUUCGCCUCUCCUCACCCCCGGCACGGGAGGUUCCGCUGCGGAAGGCUAUACGCUUGCCGUGAUAGGGUGCGGUACGAUGGGCGUCGCGAUCCUGUCUGGCGUACUCGACUCCAAGACCCAGGUAGAAGCGCGCAAGAAUGCCAUGGCGGCCGCCGCCUCCUCGCAAAAGCAGCAACAAUCCAAUGGCGGUCCUGACGGGCCCUCACUCUCCGACAGCAUUGCCUCUCUUCUUGAUGUAGACGAGUCGUCGGAUCCCUCGAGCACACGGCUGCUGCCCUCUCGCUUCAUCGCCUGCGUUUCGCGAACCGAGUCCGCGCGCCGGCUCAAGAGGACGUUUGCAGCGCACGCAGACGUCGUUGAAGUUGUCGCAUCCGCCAAUGUCGAAGCAGCUCAGCAGGCAGAUGUGGUGCUGCUCGCCUGCAAGCCACAGAUGGUCGCCGAGAUCCUCGUCAAGGAGAAGGGGAUGCGCGAGGCCCUUCACGGCAAGCUCGUCUGCUCCAUCUGUGCCGGAUUGCGAAUCGAGCAGAUUCGCGACAUGGUCGAUGAGAGUACAAGAGUCGUACGAGCGAUGCCAAACACCCCUUCCAAGAUUCGACAAGGAAUGACGAUCCUCACUCCCUUGCCCUCAUCAGACCCCUUGGCGGCCCAAUCGCGCCGAAUUCUUGUCUCCAUCUUUCAAGCUGUCGGGCGCUGCCGGUUCCUCGACGAGAAGCACUUUGACGCUGCCACGGCCUUGGCUGGCUCUGGCCCCGCCUUUGCAUGCGUCUUUCUCGAGGCCAUGGCCGACGGCGCCGUCAUGAUGGGUCUUCCCCGCAAGGAGGCCCUGGAGCUGGCUGCACAGACCAUGCAAGGCGCUGCGCGCAUGGUCCUCGAGUCAGGCAUGCACCCCGCUGCCAUCAAGGACAGCGUCACAACCCCGGGAGGAUGCACAAUCGCCGGGCUUCUCAACCUCGAAGACGGAAAGGUCCGGUCAACAGUCGCAAGGACCAUCCAAGCUGCGGCCGAGCACGCCUCUGGCCUAGGUCAGACGUCAAAGAAGUGACUGGCGCCCGGCUGAGAAUCGUAAUUCUUGUCAUCAUCUCUUGUACGACUAGCAAUAUGCCAGCAGCAAUGCCUUCAUGCUCUGCGAC